CCACCUGUCACACACACAGGCAGGACAGACCUGGAUUUUGGUGGUUUACUGCUAGUGCUAUAUACUGGGUUGUGUGUCGCUGUCCUCGAUGGUUCUAUCUUCUACCUGCUGUUAUGUAUCGUUCCGGGUGGCUACUCUUACUAGAACUACAGUUAAAACAUAACCAGCAGUUAGUAAAAGAAACAGAUAUACCAAUUUGACGAUGCCAUACACGAUGUCACUGGUUGUUCUACUACUCCUUGCCGAGUUAGUUGGCCUGACCGUCGUUGGACUUAGCAUAACUUGGUUUGCUAAAUACGGUGGGGGAUUCGCUCUGGACAAGACAGGGAAAGAAUUCAACCUUCAUCCAGUGUUCAUGGCUCUUGGUUUCCUGUUCUUCAAUGGCAAUUCUCUGAUGACCUACCGCAUUCUUGGAAACAAUGUCCAUCGCCUGUUCGCAAAGAUCGUUCAUUUUCUCUUGCAACUGGUGGCUCUGAUCUGUGCAUCCUUCGGCCUUGCCUGUGUGUUCCAGUUUCAUAACGCUAAUAGCAUCCCAAACAUGUACUCUCUACAUAGCUGGCUCGGGAUUGCCACGUAUUCCUUUUUCUGUCUGCAGCUCCUCUUGGGCCUUACAUUGUUCUUGAUCAUGGCCGUCUUCAGUCCGAAUUCGAUGACCAACCUCCGGAAGUUUUAUCUUCACUUUCACGUCUACGGAGGUGUGUUGAUCUUUGUGAUGGCCGGAGCGGCAUCCCUGCUCGGCACGGCAGAGAAAAUCUCCUUCUCUAUCCCAAACUACGACCAGUUACCACCAGUUGCCGUCGUGGCAAACUUUUUUGGUGUAUUUAUCAUCCUCUUCGUUGGCCUUGUGUGCUAUGUUCUGUAUAGCGACAAAUUCAAGACUGCCCCCAACACGGACAGGGAGUAUAGAGAGCAGAUUAAUGUGGAGCAGUAAGCGGGGUACAGGGUACCAGACUUUCUUUGUGUGAAACAAAAGUAAUGUCAUACGCUUUGGGGAUAUUGAAUAUUGUUUAUUAUUUUUUAUUGUUUAUUAGAUGUUAUAAUCCUAUAAGGGUUUUAGUGGAAUAUUAUUUUUUGAUAUGCACACUAUUAAAAGUAACAAUAUACUUUAACGCACAAAAAAACCCACAUACCUGUACAUGUUACAUUUAUGUCACUGUCAAGAUAGAUGUGGAAUGACAUGUAUUUAGUGUUUGGCAAUGUAACGAUCUAGAUGCUAUUCCCUCGCCCAGUGUCUUUUAGACAUUUGACCGUUUAGGUUUGCAGUGGGGACCAACCACAAACACCAUACAGGUGUUUUGGUUGGUAAUCCUUUUACGUGUAAGCAAAAUUGCCUAAAUUUCCUCUAACAUGCACACACACACACACCUGGAUUUUAGUAGAAAUGAUAAUAUUGUCACUCAAUAAAUGCAUUGAUGAGAUCACUGCACAUUUUUCAAAUACAUUUUAGUGCGAAAUUACAUCAAAUUAUGACAUGAUAAGAAUUGGGAUUCGGAUGAUUGCUGUUUUGAGCUGUGGUCAAAAUUUGAAAGUUGCAAUGUAUAAAGUGAAAAAAAAUCUUUUUGAAUGCUAUUUGAGAUUUCCUUACACUGUUAAGUAUAGGAGUUAGCCUGUGUCGCUUCACAGAUGUAUGCUUAACUGUGUCCAACUCCUUUAUUUGUAACUAAAUGGUUACAUUACAUCAAAGGUCGGGGAUGGAAUACUUUUUGGUGUUCAAUUUAUUCUAAGAAAUCACAAGUUCUGUGAAUGAGGCACCAAUCUAGAGUGGGAAAUGACAAAUAGCACCACUUGAGGGCGCUAUCCAAAGAUUUAUUUGAAUAAUUACCAUAAGUUUAUCCUUACAUCAUACAGUUUAUAUAUAUAAUAAUCCUGGGGUCGAUUUCACAAACAGGCAGAAGAGGUAGGACUAGUCCUAACUUAGGACUAGUCCUAGGAGAUACUAAAGACGUAUGGCCAGUCCUAAGUUGGGAUGAGUAAUUCGUCCUAAGUCGACAUAAGACUAGUCUUAACUCUUUGUGAAAUCACCCCUGGUAUACAAUUUCUGCACUAACAAUAAUAAAAGUGUUUUAAGUAGCAAAUAUAAAUUUGUCAACUUCAUGACACUUUCUCGAGUCUUUUAAAAGCAACUUCUAUGGUUUUAUUUCUUAUGACAUUUCUCAUAUCAUUUUUAUGUGGGGUUGAGGUCAAAUUUAGAAGCUUAAGAUACAAAAUGGAAACAUCACAUCAUGUACAU